AUGGAGUCGAGUAAAGAUGGCCUCAUGAAAACUAUUGCCGGACUGGACAUAUCUUGCAGAAUUCUGGAUGCUGUACAGCUUUUAAAACUGGAAGGUAUUAGAAACGCUCUUCUCACCGAGACAAGCACAUUUCUUCCCAAAGAUAUUACUCGAAUUCCAUUAUUUCUGAGAGACCAAGUGAAGGGUCAAGGCCCACUGCGAUUACAAAAAAUUGCACCAAAGGAGGAAGAGGAAAAUGUGAUUCAAAAUGCCGGACCUCAACAGGGAGACAAGACUGCAGAACAGGUUUGUGUUCAACGGAUUGAUUUUCCACAACAGUAUUUCCUGUCACUUGUUUAUGUUAAAUACCCCAGAUGCAGAGGUCACACUAGCUCCUGCAGAUGCUCGGCAACAGCAAGCCAGGUCAAACAACUGCCUUUGAUUCUCACUGAGUUUGCUGACGUUCACCUCCAUGACUUGGUGAAGCGAAUGCGGGCGAGGACAUCCCUAUACAAAGAAAAGUUGAUUGAUCGGGAUGCCUCUUCAUCAGAUGAAAGUAUAAUAGACACUCCAGUCAAAAAGCCCCCUCAUGCGCCAAAAGAAGAAAAAAAAGAAGAGAAAAAGGAAGAGAAAAAACCUGAAGAGGAACACUAUUGUGACAUGUUAUGCUGUAAAUUCAAGAGACCUCCAAUCACCAAAAUCAUCCAAAAACUGAAGCUCCCCAACAGCUUUGAUCCAUACACAGAUCGUUUUUACAUAUCAUGGUUGUUCAUUGUGUCCCUGGCCUGGAAUUGGAACUGUUGGUUUAUCCCUCUCCGCUGGGCCUUUAACUAUCAAACACCAAGCAAUCUUCCAUAUUGGUUAACCAUGGAUUAUAUUUGUGACUUCAUCUACGUGAUCGAUAUGAUGGUCUUCCAGGUCCGACUCCAAUUUGUGAAAAGAGGCGACAUAAUAAAAGACAGAAAAGAAAUGAAGAAGAAUUAUCAACAAUCAUUGAAAUUCAACUAUGAUUUGGCAUCAGUAAUCCCAUUUGAUUUACUAUAUCUGGUGCUUGACUGCAACCCACUGUUUCGAAUGAAUCGCUUGCUAAAGUACUCUUCGUUCUUUGAAUUCAGUGAUCGAGUGGAGUCGCUCAUGAAAAAAGCUUACCUAUACAGAGUUGUACGAACAACAGGAUAUCUGCUCUAUGUUCUACAUAUAAAUGCAAGUUUAUAUUUUUGGGCUUCAACGUAUGAAGGCAUUGGAAGCACUAAAUGGGUCUACAAUGGUAAAGGAAACAGGUACCUGAGGUGUUACUAUUGGGCAGUCCGAACUUUGAUUACUAUUGGUGGUCUUCCUGAACCAGUCACUGUGUUUGAAAUAAUCUUUCAGGGGUGCAAUUAUUUCUCAGGUGUCUUUGUGUUCUCCAGCUUAAUUGGUCAGAUGCGGGAUGUUAUUGGGGCAGCUACCUCUGCGCAAAAUUAUUUCCGCAGCUCUAUGGACAACACAGUGCACUACAUGAACAUCAAUUCAAUUCCAAAAAUCGUACACAAUCGUGUGCGGACAUGGUAUGAAUACACAUGGAAAUCACAAGGUAUCCUGGACGAAUCUGAGCUGUUGGAACAGUUGCCAAGUGAGAUGCGAUUAGCCAUUGCCAUGGACGUAAGCUUCGCUACAGUCAGCAAAAUUGACCUGUUUAAGGAGUGUGACAGACAGAUGAUAUGUGAUAUGCUGCUCAGACUGAAAUCAGUUGUGUACUUGCCUGGUGAUUACGUAUGUAAGAAGGGGGAAAUCGGCCGGGAGAUGUACAUUAUCAAGGAAGGAGAAGUCCAAGUCAUUGGAGGACCAGAUGGCAAAACAGUUUUCGUUACCCUGAAAGCUGGAUCUGUGUUUGGUGAAAUAAGCCUUCUCUCCGGGGGUGGAGGGAAUCGACGGACCGCAAAUGUGGCUGCCCAUGGAUUUGCAAACUUGUUCAUUUUGGAAAAGAGAGACUUAAAUGAAAUUCUAGUGAAUUAUCCAGACUCGCAGAAGAUUCUUAGAAAGAAGGCCCGAAAAUUGCUGUCUAAAGACAAAGGGAAAAGGACAGAAGUCCAACAGCCAGUUCGAAAAGGCUUCAUGUGCCUCAUUCCACACAAAGAGGAA